AUGAGAGAUUUGAUGAGGUUCAAGGGUGAUCAGAAUCUACAAGUUCCAUUCGGAGAUACUCAUGUAGAAGAUUUAAAGCAGUUUGCUAAUUGGAUUCUACAAGUUGAAAACGAAAAAUCAGAAGGAACAUCUGAUGGAUGCAGUAUGAUUAAAAUACCGCAUGAAUUUCUUAUCACUGAUUAUAAUAAUCUUAUUCAAGGAAUUGUUCAAGCAAUAUAUUCUGAUUACAUUGCUAACAUGGCUAAUGAAAGCCACUUGAAAGGCCGAGCGAUUUUAGUUCCUACAAUUUAUGUUGUAGAUGAGCUGAAUGAUUACAUGACUGCAUUGAAUAACAAUGAAUGCAAGAUGUAUGUGAGUUCCAAUAAAUGUGUUUUUGAAGGAGGUGUCAAUGCAAUUGAAGCCAUGCAUACACCAAGGUUUUUAGCAACAAUUAGUCAGGGUUUCUAA